CUCGUUCCCUUCUUCGGUUCAUCUGUCUCAUUAGUGAGCGUGCUCAGUGACAGCGACCGUGAUCUCCAUUUAUAACUACGUUCGUGAUCACUCGACCUUCUUGAACUGCGAUAAAUCAUGACCGCCCAGCCCGACCAGGUCAUUCGAGUUUUCAUUGACGAGAUAAGGCUUGAUACUCGUUCGACCUCUACAUCCGCCCUCCAGCCGACGCGCGACGCAUCCUGUGAGACUGUACAUGCAACCCACGCGGAUGCCUCAACAUCCAUGCAGAGUGAUAAAACUCGCCGGGAGAAGUUAAAGACCUGGGUCUGGCUUUUGGUGGUGCUUUUGAUCGGCGCAGGACUUAUUUAUAUCUUCAUCUUCACUCGGGAUGGGGGUAUCCCCGUUUAUCCCCCCGGGCCAUAUACAGAGUACACGAGCACCGAAGAAGAAGCUCCAACAACGACACAGAGAAGCUGCAUUGGAACUGUUAGCUCGCACUCCACGUGAUGUACAAGGACGACCAUUUUUAACUCUGUCGCCAGCGCUGGCGUUCCACAUGUUAUACAAGAAAGUGGACUCCAUCGAAUCACCAUGUGUACACAUGCAGCUCGAGCCGUACACCAACUGGUGUCGGCUCAGCCAUUUCGAAUAUUUCGGGAAUGACGCUUUCAACCGAAGAUGGGAAAGCAGAGCCAUAUUAUCUGCAGAUAAC